AUGCCAAUCGCAACUAGCCCUGUGCCUUCAGAGGCUGCUUCUAGCCAACUAUCACUUGAACGUCCACAUCACAUAGGAAUCAAAGCCAUCGAGCUUUAUUUCCCCAACACUUGUGUCGACCAAGCUGAACUUGAAAAAGCUGAUGGUGUCUCCUCGGGCAAAUAUACGGCCGGUCUUGGUCAAACGCGUAUGAGCUUCUGCAACGACAGAGAAGACGUGUAUUCUAUUUGUUUGACGGUUUUGUCAUCGCUUCUUCGAAAAUAUGCGAUUGACCCAAAGAGCAUUGGGCGUCUCGAAGUCGGGACUGAGACGCUGCUCGAUAAAUCGAAGUCUGUUAAGAGCGUGCUGAUGCAGCUUUUUGCUGAGGAGAACACUGAUAUUGAGGGCGUGGAUAAUAUAAAUGCCUGCUACGGAGGAACAAACGCCCUGUUUAACGCCGUAAAUUGGGUUGGCUCGCCAUCUUGGGAUGGACGUGAUGCCAUCGUGGUUGCUGGUGAUAUUGCAAUCUACGGCAGCGGUCCAGCAAGGCCAACCGGCGGUGCUGGCGCUGUCGCAAUGCUCAUCGGGCCAAAUGCUCCAGUAGCUGUUCUGCCGGUGCGCGGCAGCUACAUGCAGCACUGUUACGACUUUUACAAACCAGACUUCUCCAGCGAGUAUCCCAUCGUGCAUGGCCAUUACUCGCUGGAAUGUUAUACCAGGGCGCUUGAUAAAUGCUAUGAGGCAUAUAAACGCCGGGAGGAACGAUUUGUUUAUUCAGGUUUACCGGCCAUACCCAAACUGAUAUCAGACAGGUUUGACUUCAUGUGUUUCCAUUCGCCAAAUACAAAAUUGGUAUCAAAAGCCUUUGCCCGGCUAUCCUACAAUGACUUCAAGGAGCAACCAGAUCACCCUUCAUUUUCGACUAUUGAUACCACGUUUCGAUCAGUCAAUUAUGAAGAAUCGCUCAAGGAUCGGAAGCUUGAAGCAGCAUUCAAAACUCAGUCGGCAGAGCCCUUUACCCAGCGCGUCUCCCCCAGUAUCACGGCGCCAACAAUGUGUGGGAAUAUGUAUACCGCAAGCUUAUAUUCUUCUUUAGCUAGCCUUCUUAGCAACAUUGAGCCAGAGAAGUUACUUGGAAAGACAGUUGGUAUGUUCAGCUAUGGCUCGGGAUUGGCGAGCACACUUUUCUGCCUGGAAGUAGUUGGGGAUACGAGCAACUUACGCAAGGCGCUGGAUCUUACCAAAAGGCUUGAGGCCCGUGAGGUAGUUGAUCCAGCAAUCUGGCUCCGCGAGAAAGCCCACCUUCAGAAAGGCUUCGUACCACAUGGCGAAAUUAGCAGCCUAGUACCAGGCACAUACUAUCUUGCCAAAGUUGACGACCAGUACCGCCGAACAUACGCAAUCGCGGUGUGA